AUGUGCUGUCAAUGUUUGGAUAGAGUUCACUUAAGGAUUGCAAAAGACCAUCAGAUAACAGAUAUAAAGAAUAUAGGAAAACAUGCUUUUUUCAGUGAAAUUAAAUGUGAAAACCAUACAGGACAGGCAUGCUGUCUUUUCUGUCAAACCUGCAAAACAUUCAUCUGCCCAAAGUGUGUAGCUAAACUUCAUAAUGGACAUGAGUUAAUUGAAGAAGAAGACUAUAAUAAAAACAAAGUAGAAAUGAAGCUAAAACAGAAGAGUAUGAUUAUGUUUGAAAUAUACAAAGAAUUUACAACAGAUCUUACCUCUAUUCAUUUUAUAGCAGUAUGUUCUGACGGUUCUAUGUGGAUUGGGGAUGGUACCAGAUCAAAGUUACAACAUGUCAAACUAAAGAAGAAUAGAACUGAAGUUAUAACAAGUCUAAACACUGAAAAUUAUGGAAUGGCAAAACAUCUUUCAAAUAACAUUCUUGUUGUAACAAAUGAGACUAAACUCAAACUAAUCAACACCAUGACAGGACAGAUGACAGAUUCCAGGUAUGAUGUAAAACCGUUGGAUCCAACCUGUAUCCAUGUGACCAGUGAUCACACAGUCAUCAUAGGAGCUUAUCCUGGAGGUAGAGCACUCCCUGUCACUGGAAGACGUGUAGUAAUGGUAAUGGAUCAGGAAGGAAAACAACUAAAGGCAUAUGAACAUAACAAACAUAAAAAACGAUUAUUCUCCUACCCUAGAUGUGUAACUACCGCUAGUAACAGUAAUAUCUGUGUGGUGGACUGGUUAGAUAAUGAUAGCAGAGGUAGAGUGGUCGUGUUAUCACCAGGAGGAGACAUACUAGGGACUUAUACUGGUCAUCCGGAUGUCAACACAGAGGAAAAACCAUUUAAACAUCGUGGAAUACUAACAACACCAUUUGAUAAUAUCGUUGUCACAGAAACAAACAAUCAUUUAUUGCAUUUACUGACUGAUCAAGGACAAAGUAUUACCUACUACAAUCUCGGUGACAUGGGAAUCUUAGGUCCUAAUUCCCUUACUCUUUCUACAACAGGAACUAUCUAUAUUGGAUGUGCUAACCUUAUAGGAAGUCCAGACACAACAAAGGCCAAAAUUUAUGAGUUGGAAUAUUCUGGAAUCUAG